AUGAACUCGACUGGCCGCGAGGACUCGCUCGCUGUUGAGCAGGACCUCGCAACGGCCACGCAUUCUGUUUCUCUGUCCCAUUCUUCACUCUCUCCCUCUUCCGCCGCCACCUCUCCGCCCUCUCUUUCCUCCUCUCCCUCCCUUGCGUCACCUUCCUCCGACUCUGUCGAGUGCUCCUCCUCCUCCUCGUCCUCCUCUCCCGACUACUCCGUCGCCGUGUCACCCUUUACCGACCUCCCCCCCGAACUUGUCGAUGCCAUCCUCGACCACGUCCCCCCCGAGGACCAGCAACGCGCUGCUUUAGCCAUCCGCCUCGUCCUUCCCCACCAUCCCGUUUCCAAUGCGCAUCUCUGGAACCACCUGGUCGUGCAUCAGCCACGGCAGCUUGUGCCCCUUUACUACAAGCUCAAGGAGGAGGGGAAGCGGGAGGGCGGGUCGACGGGCGUGGUUAAGACGUUUGCACUUGAAGCGUGGCGCGGUGAUGCAGACGUACUGAACAACCUACUGCGCUGGCUGCCCGAGCUGCGCACGCUCAUGCUCAACGUCGGCACAAACUUUGUCCCCGAGCACCUCCAGGACCUGUUCCAGACGCCGCGGAAGAGUAUCGAGCGUAUGGAGAUGCGCUUCCGGCCGUAUGUCGAGCAGGCCUCGUACUACCAGUUCCUCAAAGGCUCGUACUUUGAUACUGCCAUUGAGACGCUGCGAGAAUGGCCCGAGACGCCGUCGUUUACCCACCUGAGUCUUGUGCAGGACCUGCCGCCGCGCGGGACAGAGCCGCCGACGCGCAACAGUAGCGAGGUCAGCCUCAUCGACGACAUAAAGAGCCUCGGGUGGCAGAGCCGGUUCCCGUCGCGCUUACCGUCUCGCUUAGCCAGCGCUGUAGGCACAGCUGCGCCAAGCGCGGCAGCGAGUACGAUUGGCAGUACGCCCGCGAGCACGCUUGGCAGCGCGGCGUCGUCCACAGGGCCCUCGCCAUCAUCCUCCGACAAUGAGAGCGUCUCGGACGAGUCGACCCCGCCGACGUCGGUCGACGACAACGACUCGCCCGCAUGCAAGGAGUACACGCGCAAGGGCCCGUUCCCCUUCUUCUCGGAGCGCAUGCAGAAGUACCGGCCCAAGACGUUUGCGCAGCCCAUCGUCUUCUUCGACAUCAAGUGCAUCGCACGCUUUGGCGCAUCCCCUGUCGCCAAGCACAUCACCCACUUCCGCCUGCACGUCCCAUCGCGCGACAUUGCGAGCGUCCUUAUCCCUGUGCAGACGCGCAUCUUCCCCUCGCUCAGCUACCUUGACAUCUCGACCACCAACGUGCGCUUAGAUGCGGUACUGUGUACGCUGCUGCGCUCUCACGAGCGACUUGAACACCUCGUGCUCGACCGCGUCAACCUCUUCGGGUUCAAGGCGCGCGAGUCGGGUGCACCUUUGUGCAAGGAGCUUGGCGUCAUGUGUGUCUCGGCUGGCCUCGCGCGUGGCAAGGAGCGUGAGAGACAAAUCCUCGCAUGGGACGCUGCUGAGCGGGCUCGCGCGGCAGAGCACGCGGCCGCGGUCCGUAGGACGAUCCACGAUUCAGAUGCCGAGGACGAGGAGACGCGGGCCGAGCGCCGAGCGGAACGAGAGGCCCAGGCGGCGCGGGACGAGAUGCAGCGCCAGAUUGCACUGGCGCGCUCGCGCAGAGGUCACCGCUCCGCCGGCCAGGCGCCGUUCUCUCUGCGCGACCGCCCUUCUCGUCGCGGUGGCUCCACGACCGUCCCUGCGGCCGACCUCCCUCCGAGCGACCGCGCGUACUUUGUCCUUCCUCCUCUCCCGACACUUAAGAGCGUGAGCAUCGGUGGCGAAACCCCAAAUCUCUCGCGCUUCAAGGCGAGCGGGUGGGAGGACGAGUUCCAUGCUGGCUGGCGCGGUGGCCUAUCGACGCUGCAUGGCUGGGCGGUGCACGUGGCCGAGAAGUACGAGCGCGCUUUGAGAAAGGCCGACGAAUGGCGCGAGGUGCAGGCACGCAAGUCGGCAUCCAACGCCAAGGGCAAGGGCAAGGCCAAGCCUGCGCCCAAGACAACCGCCAAGCCCCCGGCCUUGGACGUGCGACUGUAUCGUUUCGCGACGCCGGACGAGCCUCUGCCCGACUUUGACGCGACUGACCCAACGGUCGGCCUGGUCGAGUUGCACCCCGAGACGCCUAGAGAGUACCUCGACGCGUACAAGCAGGCGAUUGCCGACGCCGAGCUGUACACCCACACUCAGGCUGUGCGGCCUCCGUGUGUGCUCUGUACGGUGCCGGACUGCGAGGGACCACGGCGGCGCGGCGCGGACGGCGAGCGCAUCGACGGGCGCGGCGGCAUGGACCGCGAUCACCGUCCCGGGUGCGGGCACGAGGUGGGCCGCGCGGCGUGGGGUUGGGAGGGCGUCGAGGCGCGCGGCAAGUAG